AUGGUAUCAUGUUGUUUCUCGAGUUCAAAAGCUCCUGCGACAUCUAGGAAAACAUUUUCUAAACCUGAUCGACCGAAUAUUGUUCUUGUUGAUGCGGUACGUACGCCAUUUCUACAAUCAGGGACAGUGUUCAAGAAUAUGAUGGCUUUGGAUUUGCAGCGAGCAGCUCUUUUAGCAUUAGUCGAUCGGACGAAAGUGAAUGUAGACGAAGUAGGACAUAUUGUAUGUGGUACUGUGAUACAGGAAUGUAAGACGAGUAAUGUGGCACGUGAAGCUGCGUUAACGGCUGGAUUUCCUAAAAAGAUACCAGCGCAUACGGUUACAUUGGCCUGCAUUUCUUCAAAUGUUGCAAUAACUGAUGUCAUGAACAUGCUUGCAACAAGAUACUGUAACGCAGGUAUUGCUGGUGGUGUUGAGUUAUUCUCCGAUGUUCCAAUCCGAUAUAAUCGGAAAGCACGCUUAGCAAUGCUUUCUCUGAAUAAAGCAAAAAAGUUUUCCGAUAAGUUAACAGCAAUAACAAAUAUAGCAGUAAAUUUCUUCUCACCUGAAUUACCAAGUGUUGCUGAAUUUACAACUGGUGAAGUAAUGGGACAUAGUGGUGAUCGAUUGGCGGCCGCAUUUGGUGUUUCUAGGCGAGAACAGGAUGAAUAUGCUCUCCGUUCACAUAUGCUUGCUGAUCGUGCUGCGAAAGAGAACCUUCUCUCUGACGUUAUACCAAUUUUUGUAUCCGGUAGCAAGCCGACGAUUGUUCGAAAAGAUAAUGGUAUCCGUGUUUCGUCAAUCGAAAAAUUAUCACAGUUGAAGCCAGCUUUUGUAAAAUCGCAUGGAACUGUUACUGCUGGCAAUUCUUCAUUCCUUACUGAUGGUGCAUCUGCUUCACUGAUAAUGACGGAAGAUUAUGCGGUAAAGAAAGGUUACAAACCAAAGGCUUAUCUGAGGGAUUUUCAGUAUGUAGCGCAAGAUCCAACUGACCAACUUCUUCUCUCACCUGCCUAUGCAAUUCCGAGGCUGAUGGAUAAGGUUGGAUUAACAUUAAAAGAUAUCGAUGUCUUUGAAAUUCAUGAAGCUUUUGCUGGACAAAUUCUAGCCAAUUUGAAUGCCAUGGAUUCGGAUUAUUUUUGCAAAGAAAUGUUGAAACGACCGACAAAAUAUGGACGUAUACCGGAGGAGAAGUUGAAUACCUGGGGUGGCAGUCUUUCACUCGGACACCCAUUUGGUGCAACAGGAAUACGAUUGGUGUCGCAUGCAGCAAAUCGACUGCAACACGAACAAAGCAUGAUUUCUUAUUUUUUUAAUUAA